GCCCAGGGCUGCUCACCCACACAGCACAACUCCACCAGGUCCUGUCUGGGAGACUGCUGGGACCCACAAGAGACCUGUGGUUCCUACUCAUGUCCCUCACCAACCUGCCCAGCUCAGGGCACUCAGGGCCCAGAUGGUGGCAGUGGGACAUGGGGAGAGUGGAGGCAUAGUGGCUCUAGUGCAGGCAGCCUUGAGAGCCAGGGUAACUGGGGCCACAAAGAGGGCAAGGGUAGACCCCCUGAACUUUGGCAGGAGUGGGGGUGGGAAAGGAAGAGGUGUGUGUGAGGGGUUAUUCCAUGCUCUUGUCCCCCUCAGGCUCCCUUGAGUCACUUUCCCCCGAGGUUGGGGCACAUUCUUGAAGUGGAUGGUCACAGGGAUUCCCAGCCUCUCAGGCCCUAGGCCAGUUUCUAUUCCUCCUGGAACUGAAACCAACUCCCCCCCUCAGACAGCACCCAGUUCCCGACUGGUAAUAAUAUAGUGACUUGCUCCUCUAAUUCCUGCCCUUGGGAUCUCCUUGGACUUGGGUGAGUCUCUCUUAAGUCCAGACCUGGGGUUGGUGGGUAGGGCCAGCCUGAGUCCCCGUUUCUCAGGGAGGAGAUGGGUCCCAGGUAUCUAGUCGAGGGUUUGACCCACAUUCAGAUAGCCUGAUUGGCCCUCUCCCUCCAUUCCUGUUGCGCUCCCCCAACACCCUAUCUCGCCGGGCCAGUCCGCGAUGGGCCAGAGCAAAGCAGAGGAUCAAGGACCCCUCCUUGCGACAUCUCGCCAUCUCUGCGCCCUGGAGGGUCAGCGGGGGAAACAAACCCCACCGCUCGGUCCACGGGGAGCAGCGCCCUCGUGUGGCCUCCAGGAGAAGUGCAGCUCAUUUCCCAGCCCCUCCCUUUCUAUGCGCUCGUUGACAAGUAUUUAUUGAGUGCCAUUAGGUGCUCUAGGGGCAGCGGUGAAGAAUAUAGAUAAAAUACUUGCUCCGUGGACGGUACAUUCCAGUGUGUGUGUGUGUGUGUGUGUGUGUGGAGGGGCAGACAGUAAAUGAUAAACAAUUAAAUAAAUGAGGCAGUUACUAGUAGUGAUAACUGCUAGGAAGAAAAUAGAGAAAUGUGAUGGAAAGUGGCCCAAGUGGACACUUAGGACUGAAUGGGAAAGGAAGGUUUCCUUGAGUAGGUAACGUCUGAGAUGAGACCUAGGUGACAGUCACGUGAAGAUCUGGGGGGAAAGCUUUCCUUGCAAAGAGAACAGCUUAAGACCCUCAGGCAGAAACAGGCUUUGCUUUACAGAUCAAGGAAAGAAGUGAGCAAGGAGAGAAGGGUUGAGAUGUGGUCAGGGAGGCCAGCUUUGGCCAGGCUAUAGAUCUUCUAGGCCAUGACAGUUUGACUUUUCUUCUAGGAGUAAUGGGAAUGUAUUGGGUGAGUUUUGAGCAAAAGAGUAAUGUGGCUCGACUGCCUUUUAAAAGGACCCCUAUGGCUGCUGUGUGGAGAAAGGACUUUGGGCAACGAAGGAGGAGCGGAAGCAGGGAGAUUAUUGCAAGAGAUUAUAAAGCUAUUGACAUGAUUUAGGUGAGAAAUUAUGGUGGCCUGGAUCAGGGUAGUGGUGUUGGAGGUGGGGCAAUGUGGUUGGAUGCUAACUAUAUUUUGAAGGUAGAGCCAACAGGACUUGCUAACAGACCACAUUCUCCUUUGCUCAUUUAGCUCUAGGAACUCCUUCACACCCACCCUCGGUGGCUCCUCCAUCCUCGCUGGGGGCUGAAUUAGAGGGGCAGACCCCAAGGAUACAGCUGAAUUGGGGAGUUUCCAAAUGAUGUUGGCAAAGGAAUUUAAGACUCAGGCAUUGUGUUCUCCAUGAACUGCCUCCCCUUUCCAUCAUUAGCCCAUCCAAUGGUCAGAGCCUCUGACACUGUCUCUCUUAUCCUGCCUGGUUUCUUUAGACCUAGUUGUUUAUCAGGUCUCUGUUUGUCCAAAUGGAUGCCCUUAGGGUGUGAUGGUGAUACCCCAAACAGUCCUGGCUGUUUGGUGUUUGUAUUUGAUACAGAGUAGGGGGCAGCAUAAUCUGGGGGAGUUAGUCCUCAGACCCAGGCCAGCAGCUUACUCCUGUUUAUUUACACAAAACACAGUGGGAUCAGACCUGAUCCCACAGGAAAUGCACACAACACUUUUGCCCCAGGUUGAGCAUUUCUGGAGAGCCUGGGAAAGUUCAGGCUGGCCUUACAAACACUCUCAGGCCAGCAAGGGGUGGGGAAAGCAGGCAGGGGAGGAGGUGAGCCGGUUCGCUCUGGAGUCAGCACUGUUUGUGUUGUUCUGCAUGGGGGCCAGGGGGUGCAUUAUAAAUGCAGCCUGCCAGAGGGCCCUUGGCCUCAGAACCUAGGACUAAACUGGCCCCCAAGAGGCUGUGCAAGCCUCACCAAGAUGAAGCUACCAGGCCAGGAGGAGUUUGACAUCUCCAGUACUUGUGAAAAUGUGGCCACAGGAGAGCCAGAGAGUGGCCCUGGCUCUGGUCUCAGCCCUGAUGGCCCCUCAGACACAGACAGCAGGGAACUAGGGGUACCCAAGGACCCUGUGCUCUUCAUUCAGCUGAACGAGCUGAUGGGCUGGCCCCAGGCACUGGAGUGGAGAGAGACAGGCAGGUGGGUGCUGUUUGAGGAGAAGCUGGAGGUGGGUGCAGGCCGGUGGAGUGCCCCCCAUGUGCCCACCCUGGCACUGCCCAGCCUCCAGAAGCUCCGCAGUCUAUUGGCCGAGGGCCUUGUCCUGCUGGAUUGUCCAGCUCGGAGCCUCCUGGAGCUCGUGGAGCAGGUGACCAGAGUGGAGUUGCUGAGCCCAGAGCUGAGAGGGCAGCUGCAGGCCUUGUUGCUGCAGAGACCCCAGCACCUCAUCUGGACCACAAGAACCAGGCCCUGUUGCUGGUCUGCCCACCCAAGAGAGGCUUCUCAUGAUGAGGAAGCCCCCAUGAAGGAACAGCAUCAGAACCCCCUGAGACAGAAGCUGCCUCCAGGGGCUGAGGCAGCGGCUGUGCUGGCGGGAGAACUGGGCUCCCUGACACAGCCACUGGGGGUCUUUGUGCGACUGCGGGAUCCGGUAGUGCUGGGGCCUCUUACUGAGGUGCCCCUCCCCAGCAGAUUUUUCUGCCUCCUCCUUGGUCCCCCCACACUGGGAAGGGGCUACCAUGAGAUGGGCCGGGCAGUGGCCGUCCUCCUCAGUGACCGGCAAUUCCAGUGGUCAGUUCGUCGGGCCAGCAACCUUCAUGACCUUCUGGCAGCCCUGGAUGCCUUCCUAGAGGAGGUGACAGUGCUCCCUCCAGGUCGGUGGGACCCGACAGCCCGGAUUCCCCCGCCUAAAUGUCUGCCCUCUCACCACAAAAGGCUCGCCUCGCAGCUGCGGGAGUUCAAAGGCUCCUCUGUGCGGCGUCGGGCCCCGGCUGAGGACAGGCACAGCCACCGACCGCACCCGCCCAGCCCGGAGCUGCGGCGGACAGGCAGGCUGUUUGGGGGCUUUGUCCAGGAUGUGCGCCGGAAGGCCUCGUGGUACCCCAGCGACUUCUUGGACGCCCUGCACCCCCAGUGCUUCUCGGCCGUGCUCUACAUUUAUCUGGCCACAGUCACUAACGCCAUCACUUUCGGAGGUCUGCUGGGGGAAGCCACCAACGGUGCUCAGGGGGUGCUGGAAAGUUUCCUGGGCACAGCAGUGGCUGGAGCUGCCUUCUGCCUGAUGGCGGGCCAGCCCCUCACCAUCCUCAGCAGCACGGGGCCAGUGCUGGUCUUUGAACGCCUGCUCUUCUCUUUCAGCAGAGACUACAGCCUGGACUACUUGCCCUUCCGCCUGUGGGUGGGCAUCUGGGUAGCCAUCUUUUGUCUGGCACUGGUGGCCACAGAGGCGAGUGUACUGGUCCGCUACUUUACCCGCUUCACCGAGGAAGGCUUCUGUGCCCUCAUCAGCCUCAUCUUCAUCUAUGAUGCUGUGGGCAAAAUGCUGAGCUUGACCCGUGCCUAUCCCAUCCAGAGGCCUGGCUCUCCUACCUAUGGCUGCUUCUGCCAGUUCCCAGACCCGCAAGGAAAUGAGUCUCAGUGGAUAAGGACAAAGCCAAAAGACAGAGAUGACAUCUUAAGUGUGGACCUAGGUCUGGUCAAUGCAUCCUUGCUGCCCCCACCCGAGUGUGCCCAGCGGGGAGGCCGCCCUCGUGGCCCUGGCUGUCAUACAGUCCCAGACAUCGCCUUCUUCUCCGUCCUCCUCUUCCUUACCUCCUUCCUCUUUGCCAUGGCCCUCAAGCAUGUAAAGUCCAGCCGCUUCUUCCCCUCUGUGAUGCGCAAGAUGCUCAGCGACUUCUCCUCAGUCCUGGCCAUCCUGCUGGGCUGUGGGCUUGAUGCCUUCCUGGGCCUAGCCACGCCAAAGCUCAUGGUUCCCAGAGAGUUCAAGCCCACACUCCCUGGGCGUGGCUGGUUGGUGUCACCUUUUGGAGCCAACCCCUGGUGGCUGAGCGUGGCAGCCGCCCUGCCUGCCCUGCUGCUAUCAAUCCUCAUCUUCAUGGACCAGCAGAUCACAGCAGUCAUCCUCAACCGUGCCAAAUAUAGAUUGCAGAAGGGAGCUGGCUUCCACCUGGACCUCUUCUGUGUGGCUGUGCUGAUGCUGCUCACAUCAGCGCUUGGGCUGCCCUGGUAUGUCUCAGCCACUGUCAUCUCCCUGGCCCACAUGGACAGUCUUCGGAGAGAGAGCAGAGCUUGUGCCCCAGGGGAGCCCCCCAGCUUCCUGGGCAUCAGGGAGCAGAGGCUGACAGGCCUGGUGGUGUUCAUCCUCACAGGCAUCUCCAUCUUCCUGGCACCUGUACUCAAGUUCAUCCCAAUGCCUGUGCUUUAUGGGCUCUUCCUGUACAUGGGGGUGGCAGCGAUUAGCAGCAUACAGUUCACGAAGAGGGUGCAGCUACUAUUGAUGCCAGCAAAAUACCAGCCAGACCUCCUGCUCUUGCGGCAUGUGCCUCUGAACAGGAUCCACCUCUUUACAGGCAUCCAGCUUGCCUGCCUGGGUCUGCUUUGGAUAAUCAAGUCUACUCCUGCAGCCAUCAUCUUCCCUCUCAUGUUGCUGGGCCUCGUGGGGGUCCGAAAGGCAAUGGAAUGGGUCUUCUCACCACAGGAACUCCUCUGGCUGGAUGAGCUGAUGCCGGAGAAGGAGAGGAACAUCUCUGAGAAGGGGCUGGAGCCAGAGUACUCAUUCAGUGGAAGUGACAGUGAAGAUUCAGAGCUGAUGUAUCAGCCGAAGUCUCCGGAAAUCAACAUCUCUGUGAAUUAGCUGGAGUAGAAGGAGUCUGGGAGUGGAGACUCCAGGAACCACAGCAUGAGUUCACAGGUGUUUACUCAGGAAGUCAGGACAUUGCUGGCCUUUGGCUUAAUUGUCAGAUGCUCAGUCAGCUGGGAACCUGAAACAACGGGGCAGGACUGGAAGGCAGCUGGCUAAGACCUCAAUCACCCUCCUGAGCUUGGGGUGGAGAGUGGUAGGGAACAAGCAGAUCUGCUUGUGGUUAGGAAAGGCUGGUAAGCCAGAGGGACUGACCAGGCCCCAUUCACUCUCUACCCUGUUAAAGGGACCUGAGGCCAGAAGCCCUUCCCAUUUUGAACUUUCUGUCCUCACAAAUUCUCUUUUACAGAAUGGGGGGCGGGGGGGCGAGUACAUCAGGGAACUCUUUUUGGCUUGCAAAAGGGGGAAAAAGUCCCUCUUUCCAGAAUAAGUAUUCCUCUAUUUGAAACAGUUUUUUACACAUAUAAAAAUAAUCUUUAUUGCAUUUUUGACCACAAAAGUAAAUUAGGUUACUGCAAAAUAUUGAAACACUACAGAAAUGUAUAAUGUUGAAAUGAAAACCAUU